AUGUCAUCCCAUUCAUCAUCGCAUUCAUCCCUGCUUCAGAUCAACAGACCCGAAGCACUCAUACCUCAAUCAACUACAAGUGUGGAGAAGGCUCAACAGCAACAGCAAGCGCAGGCGCAAUGGCUAGAACAACAUGAGCAUACUCAACAACAAAACUGCAGAUCAAAAACUAGUAGUAGUGGUGAUGGUAGUUCAACUGAUUUAUGCCUCGAAGCUCAACAACAACAAGAUGAUACUACUCCACAACUGUCUCAAUCCCCUCAAUCACUUUCUCCAUCAUCAUCACAAUCACAGCCGAGAUCACAAUCACGAUCAUCUUCAGAUAAUCUUGAUCAACAACCAGUAGCUUCUUCUUCCAGUGGAUUGAAUUAUCUCAAUAUGGAGCCAACUUCUUCAUCUUGUAUAGAUUACGCAACUGCCGAUUUACCUUCGCCACUAUCUGAAUGUCCUGAUAACAGACAAAUGUGCGCUGAGAUAUUAGCUUCUGCUCAACCUGGAGUCAUGGGCGAAGUGAUCGAUAGAUCUAAAUGGCAGCCCGAUGCAGAUUCAGCACUGUGUACAUAUCCAUUAUGCACAGCGAAUUUCGCUCAGCCAACUUACUUCUUCUUGGGACCAAGAAGACAUCACUGUAGAAUGUGCGGACAACUUUUUUGUUCAACUCAUUCAUCAACGAAAGCUUCUUUGGUAAUUACCGAUAACAAGAUAUCAGGUAAAAGAAGAAUUGUAAAAGAAAGAGUUUGUGAUUUAUGUUGUUCAAAGUCAAAUCCUGAAGAUGAUUUUUCGCUGUCUUCUUCUUCUUCUUACAAUUACAAUAAUAAUAAUAAUGAAGGAUCAACUAAAUCAAAUCAACAAUCAAGAAGAAAUUCUUCUUGCACAGAUUCAGAUCAACAUUCAGAUUUGAUUACUCCAUAUGAUGAAGAUUCAAUGUCACACAGUCAACAACAACAUGUCAUAUCACACUCUGGAAUAUCACUUCGAUCACAAUCAUCUAAAACAUCUACACCAACGAAUCAAUUUGGACUUGCUCCCCAAGAUGAUAGCGAAUUAGCUCCUAUCGAAGAUUGGAUGGAUAGAUCAGGUGUCUUAUCAUUAUAUCCCUUGGCUGUUAACCCAUCACAUUCAUCUCGAUCGAAAAGAUCGAAAUCACCCGCUGCUCCAGCUGCUGGACCUCUAUUCUCACCUUCCAUCUCGAUGCGAAGGGAAGCAAAAGAGAAAGAACUGGAAAGAUUGACAUUGAGACAAAGAAGAUUGGGUAUGGGUAAAACAACUCAAAUCCAAAUUCAAAAUCACGACGAUUUCUGGUUACCAGGUCAAUGGGGUUUUAGGAGUCAAAAUAUGGAAGAAGCCUCUGAGGGACAACAAGAUAAAUCAGUUCUAAACGGUAUAAGAAGAGUGAUCACUCCUUUAACCACUCCAAAUGGUGGACCGAUAACCACCAGAGCUUAA